UCCCAGUAGCAUCACUCACCGGCUCUCAGCUUUCCGCAGAGCCGAGCAGGAGUGCACCGCCACGGGGGAACCAUGGCCUCAGCUCCCUCCAGAAAGCGGAGCGUGUUGGUGUUUUGGUGAAUCCCGGCGUGUCUCGGGUUUCCUCACGGUUUUAUUUUUUUAUUAUUUUUAUUUUUCCCCCUCCUCCCCUGAUGAUGAGAGGAAAGAAGCCAGGACAGGACACUGCGUGAUGCAGACCAGAGUCCAAGAGUUGACAUCCUGCAGCCUGGAGGUGAUGGUCUCCACCUGCUCCUCUGUUGUUGCACCGCGUUUGAUUUUAGCUGCGUUUGCAUCAAACCGCGCCUCCACACGGACUAUUAGACGUUUUUAAUUCACCUGACAGGACGACCGCUUGCAUUUAGCCACCUGAGGACUUCGGCUGCAGUUUCUACAAUGAUCCGAGUGCUGUAAAGUGACAUAAACAUUAAGAGGAGUCUGCUACUUGGCCGCAUCAUGGCCAAUAACAACGAGUUACACAAUGAUCCAGACUCUGUGCUCCAGCAGCUCGGUCUGGACCAAAACUCUGACUUCUCCGACUCCAGCGUGCAGCAGCGCCUGGACGAGCACCGCGAGAGGAUCCGCAGGGAGAUCCGCAAGGAGCUGAAGAUCAAGGAAGGUGCAGAGAACCUGCGCAGGGCCACGACCGACAAGAGGAAUGCCCAGCAGGUGGAUUCUCAGCUCCGCAGCUCCAAACGCAAGCUGGAGUCCCUCCAAGCUCAGCUCCAGGAGCUGGAUGCACAUAUUGUGGUCAAAGGUCCUGAUGAGAACAAAGAUACCACUAAGUCUCCCGGCCCGGUCAAUCGGACGUCGGCCAAUCAGCACCGCAUUGCAGCCUUGGAGCGGCAGCUAAACAUUGAGCUAAAGGUCAAACAGGGAGCAGAGAACAUGAUUCCAAUAUAUGCCAAUGGCAGCGCCAAGGACAAGAAGCUCCUCCAGACGGCCCAGCAGAUGCUGCAGGACAGCAAGACGAAGAUCGACAUCAUCCGCAUGCAGAUCCGAAAGGCCAUGCAGGCCACGGAGCAGUCUGAGGACAACCAAAGUAAGCCAGACCUGUGUGGAGUGGAGCUACGUGUGGAGGAGCUGUGGCAUCACUACCGAGUGGAGCACGCCAUGGCCGAGGGAGCCAAGAACAUGCUGCGACUGCUGGGUGCAGGAAAGGUUCAAGAUAAGAAGGCCAUCGCUGAGGCUCAGUGUGGUCUGAGUGAGUCGACGCAGCGUCUCGACCUCCUCAGGUGUUCGCUGGAGCAGCGGCUGCUGGAGCUGCCCGAGGAUCAUCCCAAGGCCUGCCUCAUCAAGGAGGAGCUGGUGCUGGCCUCCUCCUCAGCUUUCAGCUCUCGCCACAGCACCCCAUAUGUCCAUAACCAGUACAGCACCCUGAGCAAACCGUCGCCACUCACAGGUACUCUUCAGGUUCAUCUUCUGGGCUGCAUGGGUCUUCUGGAGGUCGUCCCAGGGCGGAGCAGAGGGAACCCGGUGGUUCUUCCCUCUUAUUCUCAAGCAGAUGGACGCUCCUCAUUCAAACUGAGCGGCCUCUACAACCGCAGCACCAGCAGCAUGAGCCUCAAAAUCCCGAGCAAGAACGACGAGCUCUCCUCUGAAGUGUGUGCAGUGCUGAAGCUGGAAAACACAGUGGUGGGUCAGUCCGCCUGGAAAACAGUUGGAGAGCAGGCCUGGGACCAGACGUUCACCGUCGAGCUAGAGAGAUCCAGGGAGAUGGAGAUCGCAGUGCACUGGAGAGACUACCGCUCCCUGUGCGCUCUGAAGUACCUGAAGCUGGAAGAGUUCCUGGACAACCAAAGACACCAAGUCCAGCUGGAACUGGAGCCUCAAGGACUGCUGCUGGCUGAGGUGACGUUCUUCAACCCAGUGAUAGAAAGAGGCCGAAGACUCCAGAGGCAGAAGAAAGUAUUUUCUAAACAGCACGAUAAAGCCUUCCUCCGUGCCCGUCAGAUGAACGUGGACAUUGCUACCUGGGUCCGCCUGCUGAGGAACGCCAUCCCCACUGGAAGCAACACAUCUGCAUACACACCCAGCUUCGCAAGCAACACACACAGCACAGGAGAAAUCUCCAUAGAGAAGCUGAAUCUGAGUGUGGACAGCGAAUCUCCUUCCAAAGCCGAGGUCAGGGGAGAUGUCGUGGACGGCCCUGUUCCCUUGGAUAAGACGCCAGUCAUUGAGUCCCCGUCCACGCCUGACGUCCCCGUUCACGUGCAGCCAACCGGAUCGUUGUCCCAGAGCUCGAUAAAAGGACCCAGCAAAGGCCCACUUGGCCUGCCGGACUUCAAGCUGGUUGCAGUUCUGGGCAGAGGCCACUUUGGGAAGGUGUUGCUGGCAGAGUACAAAAAGAGCGGCAGCCUUUUCGCCAUCAAAGCCCUGAAGAAAGGAGACAUCGUUGCGAGAGAUGAAGUGGAGAGUCUGAUGUGUGAGAAGCGGAUCUUUGAGACCGUCAACGGCUCCCACCACCCCUUCCUGGUCAACCUGUUUGCAUGUUUCCAGACGCCAGAACAUGUGUGUUUUGUCAUGGAGUACACGGCGGGAGGGGACCUCAUGAUGCACAUACACGCUGACGUCUUUUCAGAGCCACGCGCUGUAUUCUACUCUGCCUGUGUGGUCUUGGGUCUGCAGUUCCUCCACGACCAUAAGAUUGUGUAUCGGGAUCUUAAAUUGGACAACCUGCUGCUCGACACGGAGGGCUUCGUGAAGAUAGCCGACUUCGGGCUCUGUAAAGAAGACAUGGGUUAUGGAGACAGGACCAGCACUUUUUGUGGGACUCCAGAGUUUUUGGCGCCGGAGGUGCUGACAGACACGUCGUACACCAGAGCGGUCGACUGGUGGGGGCUCGGUGUGCUCGUGUACGAGAUGUUGGUGGGAGAGUCCCCGUUCCCUGGCGACGAUGAAGAGGAGGUUUUCGACAGCAUAGUGAAUGACGAAGUGCGAUACCCUCGCUUCCUCUCCACGGAGGCCAUUGCCAUGAUGAGACGGUUGUUGAGAAGAAAUCCGGAGAGGCGUCUUGGCUCCGGAGAAAAGGAUGCAGAAGAUGUCAAGAAGCAGCCUUUCUUCAGGGGUAUGGACUGGGAGGCACUUCUUCAGAGAAAAGUCCCGCCCCCGUUUGUCCCAAGCAUCAAAGGAAAAGAGGACGUGAGCAACUUCGACGCGGAGUUCACCGCCGAGCCUCCCGGACUCACCCCGCCCCGCGAGCGCCGCACCCUCUCCCGCAGAGAGCAGGACUACUUCAAGGAUUUUGACUACGUCUCUGACCUCUGCUAGGGUCGAGGGCGAAAGGGGGGUUGCUAGCUGCCUACUGCCGACCACAGACUCUGAAAAGAGAAGAAGUGAAAGGCUGACUCUUUUGUGCUGUAAAUGCACUCGGCGGUUUCGAGAGGAUCACUCUUAACUCUGUCCUCUUUCUCUGUGUGUUUGAUGAAGUACCAGCUGGGCUGAGCGUGCGGAUCAGUGGGAGCUGAUGUCGCACAGAUCUGCUGACAGACACACUAUCUGGAGUGGCUUUUAGAGGAGGGGGGUAGAUGAUAAAAUGAUAACAGAUGAUAAUCCAGAUUAUGUACGAAAUGGACGAUGAGAUGAUGGUCCUGCUGUUUUUUUUUUUUUCUUUUUUCUUGUUUUUUUUUUUAAAUGAUCAGAAAGCCUCAAAAUCACAGAGGCAAGACCGUGAAAUGUGAUUAUUGUGACAGGAAGCAGUUUGUCUCUCUUUGUCCUCGCAUUUUCUCCCUUUAUCUCUGCUGUUUGUUGCUGCUAAGUGUGUCUUUAGCUGUGUUCCUGCCUCCGUCCUGAAUGUCAUCAGCCGCAACCAUGCACCACCUCUAUGUUACCACUGGGGGGAGCCAGAGGAAAGAGAGAAACGUCUGGUCAUAGCUGCCGCCUGUUGAAGAUUAUGCCAAAGAAAGGCAGAGAACUUUAACAGAGAGUUGGUGAGUCUGCUGAUGUUUGUUCAUGUAUCUUUGCUCUGUCAUAGGACACCUCCUCAUCGUCUUUUCUUUCCACUGCCUUUCGGUACAACAAGAGUUUUAACUACAAUUUUUCUUCUGUGACAAAGAGCUGUUACAUGUUUUGUGAUUUAGUUUUUUUUUUUUUCGUCCCUUCUCUGUUUCCUCCUCUGUCGUUUGCUGGUGAAACUGUGACUCAGUAAAGUUGUGAACCCAA